AUGACCUGGCCUGACGUCUCCGCCAAGCCCGCCGAGGGCAUCUCAUACUACACUCCUGCCCAGAGCCCUCCGGCAGGCACAGCUCGCGAUCCUCAAACGAGCGGAAAGCCCAUUCCCAAGCUGUUCAAGCCUCUCACCAUCAGAGGAGUGACUUUCCAAAAUCGAUUGGGCCUGGCGCCCAUGUGCCAAUACAGUGCCGAAGAUGGCCAUAUGACCCCCUGGCACUUAGCGCACUACGGUGCCAUCGCCCAGCGCGGUCCAGGAAGCCUCAUCAUCGAAGCAACCGGAGUCGUCCCUGAGGGCCGCAUCACCCCGCAUUGCGUGGGUCUCUGGAAAGACUCGCAGAUCGCGCCGCUCAAGCAGGUCGUCGAGUUUGCACACAGCCAGGGCCAGAAGAUCGGUAUCCAGCUCGCCCACGCCGGCCGCAAGGCAUCGACCGUUGCGCCUUGGCUCGGUGGCGUUGUCGCUAACAACUCCGUCGGCGGAUGGACUGAUAACGUCAAGGCUCCCAGCGCCAUCCCCUUCGCUGAGGGCGAUCCCAUGCCCAUCGCCAUGACACUGCAGGAUAUCGCUGAGCUCAAAACCGCCUGGGUUGCGUCUGUUAAGCGUGCUAUGGCUGCGGGCUGUGACUUCAUUGAGAUUCACAAUGCUCACGGUUACCUUCUCUCGUCUUUCCUGAACCCCUCGUCCAACCAGCGCACAGAUGAAUACGGUGGCAGCUUUGAAAACCGGAUCAGACUGCCGCUGGAAAUUGCUCAGUUGACCCGUGACGCUGUUGGCGAGAAUGUGCCUGUCUUCCUGCGUAUCUCAGCCACCGACUGGCUCGAGGAGAGCAUGCCCUCUGAGAAGGGAUGGAAGCUUGAGGAUACGAUUGAGUUCGCUCGUGCGCUUGCUUCUCAAGGUGCUGUCGAUCUGAUCGAUAUCAGUACUGGUGGUUUGCACCCUGCUCAGAAGAUUACCUCCAGAGCUGGUUUCCAGGUUCCUUUUGCUGCUGCUGUCAAAAAGGCUGUCGGUGAUAAGAUGCUUGUUGCUGCUGUUGGUAUGAUUAAUAAUGGAAACUUCGCGGAGAAGAUCCUGAAUGAGGAUGAUCUUGAUGUUAUCCUUGUUGGUCGUGCUUUCCAGCGUGAUACUGGUCUUGCGUGGCAGUUUGCCAAGGACUUGGAUGUUGAGAUUGCCAUGGCUGGUCAGAUUCGUUGGGGGUUCACCAGCUUCCGCAACGCGUCGGAGUAUAUCCAGCCUAACUCGAUGAAGGCUUGCAUUUUUGAUUAG